AUGAAAGAUAAAGAAAACUGGGUAAACAUUUAUGUUUACAAAUACCCUCAUUUUGGGAAUCGCACAUCCAAUCGUGCAGAGAGUGCCCAUGCUUCUCUUAAGCAUUCUCUUGGAACUUCCUUCGGAAAACUUAAGACUGUUACUCUCAAAGUAAAGAAGUGGUAUGAGGAGUUGGUUGCUGAUCAGUACAAAUGCCUCAUCACACAUAACAACUUGCUCUCGUGCUAUCACCAACUUGCCAAAUUUGAUAUCAUUCCAAUUUCCUGUAUCCCAAGAUGCUGGAGAAGAGAAUACUUGAAAGGAGAAGACCAUACAAAAAUCAAAGAUGCAGUAUCAGUUCCCGAAGACAUCAAUACCAUAACAACAAUAACCCCUGAACUUGCCCACGAUCUUCUGCAACUCUGUGAAGGUUUCAACAACUCACAGAGUAAACAACUACAAAUUGAUAUUCAACUAUCAAUCAAAAAAAUGGUAGCUCAAAUCAACCAGCAGAAACUUGAGGACCUCAACAGUCCAAAAAUAGUGGAAGCAAUCAAGGCAAAAGAGAAAAAAUCUAUACAAAAAAUUACCAAUCUUGGCUCGCCAAUUGAUAUCACACUAUUGACAAACUUAACAAUCGCACCAACAGCAAUAUCCGAAAUCUUCUCACCUGAAGCAGACGGUAACUGCGGAUACAGAGCUAUAGCCAUGGAGAUUUACCAAGACCAGGAGGAGUGGUCGAAAGUAAAAGACCAAAUGCUCGACACAUUUCUAAAACAUCAACACACAUACUACCAGGGAAGAAUGGAGCAUGGCAAUAUGCCUGCAUCCACUAACCCACUCAUACGCAGUCUAAAAGACAAAUGCUCGCCCCUUCCCCAGCAACAUUGGUUCGGCACAAUCGACCAUCCGCAAAUUGUUGCUGAUACAUAUAACAGAAGUGUGACAGUUUACUGGAAUACUCCAACCGAGACAGGCGACUGUCUUUUCGUACCAAUUUCUACCAUGCCAAAUACAAUAGAACCUAUAAUCCUUAUCUUGGACAUUAACCACUUUCUUCUUGCCAAGCGCAAAAACAUCAGAAAAUUCACUUGGCCAAACAUCAAUCCCUUUCAUAAGCACAUAGUCCGAAAACAUGGUCUUGAUGAGUAUUCAAUUAUGUACUAA